AUGGCAACCUUGUAUGAUGAUUAUGACUCUAGCGCUACGUCUAACAUUAGCAGACAAGCGUCAAGAGAGUGCACUGCUACCUCGAAUGGAUAUUGCAAUUGCUAUGGUGAGAGGAGAGAAAAUACAUUCACAAGCAAACUGGGAAGAGGCCACGUAGAUUCUGCUCCUGUUCAUUCUGACGUUGACCGAAUAUUUUAUGAGCUAAUGACUGAUAAAGCUAAAUUUUCGCUGAUUACAUCAUUUCCAUACACGCUCGCUGAUGGAGUUAUAUUAUAG